CCAUGUGUUUAGUUUAAAAGAACAUUCUUGAUAUAAUAUUUUUAAUUAGUUAAAACUAUUAAAUAUUUAAAUUACAAUUAACUUAAUUAGUGUGAUAAAAUAUUUAAUAAUUUAAUUAAAUAUUUAAAAAAUUCAUUUGUUGUUACACUUUCAUAGAAUGAUAUAUGAAUGAAUAUUAACAUGAUGAAUAGAAAUAUUAAUAAUUUAAUACAAAUAACAUGGAAUGUGAAACAUUUAUUUAAACAGUCUCGUUAUGUGACUGUCCAACGUUUAAUUCGUACAACUGAAAAUAAUCUACGAGAUGAUGAAAAAAAGAAACAACGAUUUCCACUGAUUAACACAUUACCAUCAUCACCUUUCGAUUCUGAAGAUUCUUUCGGUGAGUGGAAAAAGUGUACAAAUCACUAUGAUAUAUUGUCUAUCAUUAAACGACGAGAAAAAAAUAUGACUGCUGAAGAUGCAGUAAUGGCACUUGGUGCUUUAUUUAGAUUAGACAAAGAGAAUCAGAUAAAACAAGAUAUUAUCAAAUUAGAUGAAUUUAAUACUUUGUGUAAAGUAUUGAAAAAAGACAUGAGAUCUUUAAACCUCAAGCAUAUAAUUACUGCAGUGAAAUGCCUAAACUAUUUCAGAGUUCCUACUUCAACUGUAGUUGUUCAAAUGCUUCUUCAACUAAUUCGGCAUUCAAUAAAUGAAUUAUCAUUGGAUCAAGGAAUUUUUUUGAUUUCUUUACUGCCUAAAUUACAAAAGACGCCGUUAGUAGAAGCAUUAAUGAUAGCAUUACCUCUAGUGGUGCAUGCCAAUGUGAAAACUAAAUUAAAUACCGAGAAUUUACAUGCUCUCAUCAGUUCAUUAGAGUAUUUUUCUCGUCAGGAGGAAGUUGAUGACAAUGUACUGAGAAAUAUAAUAAAUGCUAUAAAUGAUCUUAAAGAUCAAUCACUUAAUGCUACAAAUUCCCUAAAAUUAUUAUUUGUUUUAUUACGAGUGAAACAAAGUUUUAUAAGAAUUGACUUAUUAACGAAAACUUAUGAUAUACUUACUAAAUCAAUGGACGAGAUUCAACAUACAGAAUUAUUAUCUAUUAUACUGCAUAAAAUAGCUUCUAGACGUCAACCAGCAGGAAUCAGAAAUAUUUUCUACAAUGCUCAGUUCAUAGAUAGAUGUAUAUCAAAGAUUGUAUCAGAAAAGCCAAAAAUUGGAGAUGCAAUCAACAUAAUAAGACAUUUAAACGUAAUGUACCAUUCAAAUAUGGAAAUAUUAGAUUAUGUUGCGGAAAAAUCGAUUGAAACUAAAUAUUUUUCGAAGAAUACUAAAAUAAAAGAAAGGAUGAAUGUGAUCACUGCAAUAUCCAUAAAUGAUGAAAAACUUAGUUCAUGGGAAUUAUUAAAAGAAUCUAUUCUAAAUGAUAGUCUUAUUGAUUUAGAUUUUGAUGAACUUCUAAAAUUAUCAAUUAAAUUAGUUUCAUUUGAUUGUUACUGGCCAAAAUUAAUAGAAAAAGUAUUCAGUUCGUACGAUAAAGAGGCAAACAUGCAUAUAGCAAUGAAAAAAAAAUUGGUUAUUUUACAUCAUGUUGUGAAAAAUUUUUACCCUCAGUUUUAUGGUCCGUUUAUGUUAGAUGAAGAUAUUGAUUUAUUUUUUUCAUUAUACGGAACAAAAAAUAUAAAUCCAUUAUUAAAAGAAGCUUUAGAGGCUAUCUUUGGUGGCCCGCAAUAUGUUUUAUCAAAUAUACAAAGUCAAUAUGGAGAAUUCGUAGAUUUUAUUGUAAUAAUGAGAAAAGGAGGAUAUCCUGUUGCUCUUAAAAACUUAGAAGAGCCAAAACCACAAUGUCUCAAAGACAUAGAACUACCAAAAGACAGUCAAUUGUUUAUUUUUAUGUGUAUACCUGCAGGAGCAUAUUCAAACAAUACACAUUGCCUCGCUCCAUCAUUACGAUUAUUUCAAAAAUUACUAGAAAUAAAUCCAAAUUAUACAGUAAUUAAUAUAUUGAAUGAUCAAUGGUCAGAUUUAUCAGAGGCAGCUAGAUUAAAAUAUCUUUCAGAUGCAAUUAAGGUUAAAACUGAUCAGGAGUCAAUGGGUGUAAGUUGUUAGAAAUAAAGUAACUUCUUGAAAAUUUGUAAUAAUAAAUUAUUACUAAUUAAGCGAAUGAUUUUAUAAUUGUGAGUAAGUGUGAACCUUAUUUCUUAAUUUGUGAACGAAAAUCAAUUGUAGUAUUACAUAUAUGAAUCAUUUAUUAU